AACGGCACGCGCGUUAUCAGAAGGGGCACUCCAAAGGGUGUAAACUGUUCUAUGCUGAUAACGCGCGUGCCGUUCGUUACUGGAAAGUUCCGGGCUCGCAGCGUUAAAGAAAGGAAACGCAUCAAGGCAGAUAACGAUUAUUGUUGUGUGGCAGAAGGGGCAAGCCAAAGGGUGUAACUUUGCCUAAGAGUGUAGCAAGCGCUUGGUGGCGCAACCCACCGCCCCGUUCCAUAGGGGACGCUCAUAACAUCCAUCCAUCUAUCCGCGAACCACACAAGAGGCCGCGGUUCUGUCACAAAGCUCGCCGUUAGCGGCGCUCGUUUCUAGGUAAACAUUAGGAUUACGUGUGCUCCAGUUGCCGGGAAGCGUGAGGAGCAGCAAGUGAUCUUUCAAUGCUAUCGCAUUCCACUCUUAAAAGCACAGGUUAAGCAUCCUUCAAAUUUUUUGUCGAGUCACGGGCGCGGACGCGUAGCGGCCGCCCCUGUCGCGAACGCAACAAGUCAUCUGUUUUUCUUCUUUUUUUUUUUUUUUUGCUCUGCGCCUUUUCGUGGCUAAGCUUUGUUCUUUUUUGCUUUUUACGAACGGAGCGUUCUCUAGCAAGAAAGCGUGGCAGAACAGGCGCUCUGUAGAGGCAGACAGCCAAGACGAAAACGAACCGUUGAUUUCCUUCACGUCAACGAAGUCGUGCCGUCCCAAGCCGCCAAAGCGCCAAUUGUAGGAGGGGCAUAUGUACCCCGUUAUGGCCGGCGCGCAAGGAGGAAGCACGGAGACAUGCACGCUUGCCGUCACGGAGGAAAGCGCAUGCGUCGAAGUGUCGGUCUCGACAAGAGGGGUGCGACGCCAGAAGGCGCGCAGACCCGUUUCGCCAUAUUUCGCCACGCGUUAGUGAACGUGUCAACGGAAGAAGCCUGGUGCAUAUGCAUCCGCUGUUGCGGAAUCGGCGGGAGAUGUAUGGAACGGCAGUCGCCGACGGUAACGAAGCAGUUGUUCCUCGCCGCGUUGCGGAGGCCAUAAGUGCAAUAAGAGCACGCCAUUCUACGCGAUAGUGCGUGCAGGGCUCAAUCGAUCUCUCGUUGACGCUGAUCUAGGCAAAGUGUGACACCACUGAGUAGCGAUAAGCUCGGUAAAAGAAGCCCCCACGCUCUUGCGCGAGCGUAGGAUUCGUGCCCGAAGACACCGCCAUGUCGGAUCCUGGACAGGGACGGGUGUACCGUUUUCGCGACCACGUCGUCUCCGGCGUCAACUGGCGACCGACGCGGUUCGUCGACGAGGUUCCCAGUUCACGUGUGUGCGGCCUCUGCCGCAUGAUCCCCAAACAGACGGUGCUGUUGCCGUGCGGUCACGCUCUGUGCCAAUCUUGCCACGCAGGCAGUCUCGAAGGGGGCGUUGGCCAUUGUCCGUUGGAUGGAGAGGCAUUCGAAGAAGGGGAGUGCGUCGGUUAUGGAUUCCCGGCCAGGAAAGUGAACACCGUGAAGGUGUACUGCUGGAACGAAGCCCACGGCUGCGAGUACACGGGCACCAUGGACCGCAUGCUGGAACACUACGAGAACGAGUGCGCAUUUCACACCGUGGAAUGUUUGAGAUGCGGCCAGGGAGUCCAGCACAGAGACCUGCUAACGCACUACGCGGCCGGAUGCAGUGCCGGUGUUUCUACCGCGAUCACGGAGUCCUCGCAACCUACAGCAGUGACACUCGAAGACGUGAACGCUGCCCUUGAAGACGCGAAGGCGAGGUUGGGAUGUCUCAACCAUGACCAGCUGCUGCCAGUGAUUCAGAGUCAGUUGAAUGAGCUUAAAGAAGAAGUCAGAAACCAGGAAGCUACGUUCACUCGCGAGCUCGGAGCGUGCGAGCACAACUUAAAGGCCGAGAUGGAACAAAUCACCGUCACGAUUUCCUCGACCGUGUCGCACCAGCGGAAGUCCCAGCAAAAUCCAUUGGAAGAAGCCAGCACGUCGAGGUCACUGUCGUUGCGCUCGGGACAGGAUCUGAUACUUCGAAAGUUGGAACACUUAGUCAACCUGCAACACUCGCGGAAAACUUCCCCGAAGCCUGAUUCCAACCGUGUCAUUGCCCGUUGUGAGACUGAGUACGGUAACGUUCGGCAUUUGACCAGUGCGCUGUCGAUACCCGCACGCAUCAAAGAAGAUGGAUGCUUGUCAUAUCUGCUGACCCUAGAAAACUUUGAGGAAAUCAUUCAGUGCCAGGAAGGCUUCAAACAGUUUGCCGAGAUUACGGUGCGGCACAUGGAGGACACGUACUUUACCAUUGCCGUUUGGAAGUACGGCGGUUCUGCAGCUGACCUCGUUCUGAAGAUCCAGUUUAACGGGACGCUGGUGGACUCUAAGUGUUGGCCGCCUUUCUGGUUUGUGUUCGCGGUGCAUAAGGAACUAUUCUUUGAUCUUUUGUUGACUCCCGCUGCCGAGCGUUGUUACUGCAACCGCGAUGACCGCUCAAAGCUACACUUCCACCUCAAAUUUCGUAUAGACAUUGCCUCGCUCAAUAAUGAGGCCUGCCUCCGAGACGGAAAGGUACAGUUCCGUAUCGAUCUCAGCAAACGUAAGUUGAACACUGGGAUCAGAGGAGCAACCUAACGUUCGUCAUCGCAGAAUGUGCACUGCACAGGAGAAUCCUCCUCGGCACUUCAGAAAGUGUGUCACAGGAGCUUAAUGAAUUUUUGAUCUCCUUUCUAGUAAAUAAAGUGAGCUCUGCGACAUCUGUUUUUUUGGAAAUUUGCUGUCCCUAGUAACUGUCAACCAAUUCUUUUCUGACUGUACUGGCCGAUCAUUUUGUUUAUUUCUUGUGCUAAUACAGUUUUUGUU